AUGCCAACAAUGCCGAUUCCGAAACCCCGUCCUCCGGCCUCCUCCGUAUUUCACCGCUUUUUAUCUGUGCUUCACCCCGAGGUGUCACCGUUUUUCUGCUGCCUCAGCCGCUGUUUCUCCGAGUGUGGCACUCUGUUGGACGCUUUGUCUCGAGGUGUUGGAGGUCUUGCCCACGCUGCCAUCACGGGCGGGCAAAGGUAAACUUCCUGGCGCUUGACUUCGACCUCACUAUCUUGAACAUACACACGUCAGGGAGGUGGCCCGGCACUCCGGAACAGCUCACCCAAAGGAUCAGGCCGUUUUUCCAGGCCCUGAUACCUAUCGCGGUUGCCAAAGGGAUACAUGUCGGUGUGGUGACUUUUUCUCCUCAGGUUUCCAUGAUCAGCAGCGUGCUGAAGGUUGCGUUCCCGCACGUGGCAAGCCAGAUUCCCAUUCGCGGUGACGACUUCAGCUGGGAGUACGAAGGGCGCGGUGCCACCGAUGGGAAACAGUCUCACAUGGCUUCGGCGGCGGAAGAACUUACGCAGACCCACGCGGCCAGCAUCACACGCGCGAGCACGCUCCUUGUCGACGACGACGUCAACAACGUGAACAUAGCACUGAGCGAGGGGGUCAACUCGGUGUGGUGUAACCCGAAAGACCCAACGUCGAUGAUCACGGAGCUCCUCAGCCUAGCCAAGCCACACGAGAAGGCGCCAAAUCCCGCCGGCAGUAGCAGCAGCAACAGCAACGGGGGAGGAAGCAGCGGCGGCGGUGUUGGCGGCGGCAGCGGCGGCAGCAGCAGCAGCAGCGGUUCCAACCGGCGGGCCGAAGAAGGCGCGCCAUAGCCAUGUAGCCCUAUCCCUCAUUGUGUCCCCGCCAUAGCCGGUCGGUGUUGGAUCGAUCAAUGGUCGGUGGGUGGGUGCGUACAGCUCUCGAUGGAGCCGUAGGUUGAGUCAGUUAUAUUUUUUGUUGACGCCGGAGGCUCUUGGGUCGUGAGCUGCUUGCUGCUCCUGCUGCUGUGUUUUCAGAAGGUGUGCACAUCGCAGUUUUUGCGGUAGUCAUUAGGGCGUGCGCGUUAAAUGCCGUGUGUGUAACGGUGUAGCCGGACGACGAGUUGCACCGCAUCAUGGUGUGGCCCGUUAACUUGCACCGCAUUGCCGGUCUCAGUUCCACCUUUUUUAAUCGCGGCAACAGCUGUGGCGCAACGUUGUGUUGUUGUUGUCGUAAGUUUUCGCAUGGGUUCGGUUGUGGAGGCNGGGGGGGGGGGGGGGGGGGGGGGGGGGGGGGGGGGGGGGGGGGGGGGGGGGGGGGGGGGGGGGGGGCAUAACGGUAUAGGAUUGGGUGGGAGGUCGGGGGGCACACACCCCCAUACACUUGUACAGAGAGGUUUCAUGUCGUCUAUUAUAGAUGACGCUUUCAAUCGAAGAGUGGCGGCCGCGGCCGGGAGAUGUUUUUGUGCUUAGCCUGCCGCCGCCACCCCCCCCUCCCCCCACCCGGCAGAUACGUGCAUAUUGUUUGUUUGUUUGUUUCCCAUCAUUUGCGGUACUGGUUGCUGUUGUCGUGAAGAUGAUGUUGUUGGCGCUGGCGCGCGGAGCCUGUAGUCAGCAGGGAGGGAGGAGAGAAGGAGAGGGUUUCCAUGAGAAGAACAGAAAAAGUCUCCUCUUCUAUUCUUGUCUUCGGUAUGCUGCGACCGCGAGACCGAUCCGGACACACAAGUAAACUGCUGUGCUUCUCCCCAGAACCUUUUGGCGUUUUUUAUACUUGGUUGCUGGCCUCUCAGCAUGGCGACGCUUCGAGAGAUGUUGUAUUAGAUGCCCUCCAGCAAGCGUUGUUGGUCUGGUUUUGAUUGAGUGGUGAUAGAGGUCAUCUCCCUUGUCUUUCGUGCGCCCCCCUCUGCGGGGCAUGUCUUCAUUCACACACGCAAAAGUAAGAAAACAACCAGCAGAUUUUUGUACAAUACCUUCGGUAUUUGGCUUGUCAGUCGCUGUACAUAAACAUUGCUGCGUCGUGUUAGCCUAUUGAAGGCUGUACCGGGGCAGCAACCGCGCUAAGUUUUGUUUUUAGGUGCUUACUCUGCGGCGAAAGCGCCGGAAACAAGAAAGGGCAAAGGGUUAGUAAAUUGAACGGUGGCGGGGACAGGCGCCAGCAGGCUGGUGCUUCUGGUCCCUAGCCUACCAUGCUACCGGACGGUUUCCGUCGAAGCGAUUGCCAGUCAGUCGUGCUUACUGUAGAACUUUAGAUCGCGAUACUCGUGUUUGGUCUACCAUUCAGUGCGAGCUGCUGUAGAACAUGAAUGGACGAGGUAGGUGCCGGCGAACACCAGGCGGGAUUCGACACAACUUCAGCUUCUUUUGCAGGCGCACUGGUUUUGUCUAUCCCGUCAUCAUGUAUGUGAUGGGGACUGGGAACUGUGGCGCGUGUGCGGUUUCUUGCAUGCUUCCCUUUCCUUUGAGCCGGCUACGUUUCCACGUCCUCAAGUGCGUUGACCAGAGUGCUCUUCUAUUGAUGCCCGGCGCAAAGUUCGCGUGCACUGCCCAGAUGAUGGCGGCAGUUGAUUUCGUUUCCCCAUGGGAUGAAACUGUCAUUGCUGCCCGUGUUUGAAGGCUACGCGGCUGAUGUCUCUCAACAGCCAGCCGUGUGGCGGAGAGAAUGGAAACGUGGGUACAGCGUAGCCUCUAAGUUACGCCGAAAGAGGCAUGCGACCUUAAUUAAUCAAUGA